AUGGAUAAUUUAAAUGGAUCAAUUGAAAAUACAACAAUAAAUAUUACAGAUGAUAUUGAUUUACCUGGUCUACGUGUACCUGAUAUGAAACGUAUUAAAAAUGCACGUAAAGAACGUGCAAAUCAAUUAAAAGAAUGGCAAAUUUAUGAUAAAAAAAUGCAAAAAGAAUCAGAAAAAUUACAAAAAAAGGGAUUGUCUCCAUUAAAUGAUAGAAGACAUUAUAAUUCUAAUAGAGUUGUAAAAUUUCCUCAAAGUUUAAUAUUUUUAGAAGCUGCUGCACGAGGAGAUCUAGAUGAAGUUCGUGAAUUACUUAGCAGUGGAGUCUGUCCAGAUGUAGCCAACGAGGAUGGAUUAACAGCAUUACAUCAGUGUUGUAUUGAUAACAAUUUGGAGAUGUGUCGGUUACUUCUUCGAUAUGGAGCAAAUCCUAAUUCUCGUGACACAGAACUAUGGACUCCAUUACAUGCGUCAGCUACAUGUCAUCAUACAGAGAUGUGUAAAAUUCUAAUUGAUCACGGUGCAGAUCUACUAGCUAUGAAUGUUGAUGGUAAUAUGCCUUAUGAAUGUUGUAUGCCUGGACCAACACUGAAUUUAGUAGAAACCGAAAUGGAUAAAAGAGGCAUAACACAAGAAGAAAUAGACGAUUGGCAUCGGGUGCCAGAAUGUGAAAUGCUUGCAGAUAUGGAAGCCUUAUACAAAGCUGGUGCAGACCUUGAUCGACUAGAUGCACAAGGAGCAUCUAUGUUACACAUCGCAGCUGCUAGUGGCUUUGAAGAAGUUGUUUUGUUUUUGUUAAAACGAGGAGCAAAAAUUGAUCUUCUUGAUAAAGAUGGUUGGCAAGCAAUACAUAUUGCAGCUUGUUGGUGUCAAUUAGAAAUUGUUGAAUUACUUGUAAAUUUCGGUGCAGAUAUACUAGCUGAAACUAAAAAUGGUGAAACAGUAUUUGAUAUAUGUGAAGAUAUUGAAAUGCAUACACGUCUAAUUGAAAUUAAACAAGAAGUAGAAAGAAAAAAAUCUCAACAACAAGAUUUACUUAAUAAACAUGGUAAACCACGUGAAUUAGUACGUCGACGUAGUAGUACAAAUCCAAGAAGUGCAUCUAUUCGUCGAACAAGUAUGAGAGAUAAAAAAAUGAUCUCUUGGAAAGAAGCUAAACAAGAGGCUGAAAUGCGUGGUGUAGCUACAGUAUCAUCAGAUGAAAAGAAUACAUCAAAACCUUUACGUCCUAUACCCAAUGGAUCUACAGAUCAUAUUCUUCAAAAAUCUACAACCUAUCCAGAAUCCCAUGAACUUACUAGUCCCAAAACUAUUCGUGGUUCCACACGUAGUUCACAUCCCGGUCAUUCCUCAAAAUCUUCAAUCCCACCAACAUCGUCUCCAAUUUUAGCUAGUGUAGUAACGCAUCAUGGUAGCUCUUGGUCAGGCAAAGUACAACAAAACAACACUGUUACUGAAGUUAACGGUCCUACUCCAUCACCUAAUCUUCGUAAUUCAUCCAGAAUGAAAGAUAAAGAGGUUGACCUAUCCAAGCGCAACAACCCACAGUCUACACUAAAUAACGACUCUGGUCCAAUAGGUGUUGUCAGUCCAUCUCCUGUUGCACGUCAUCGUACAGGUCAUGAUAAAGAAAGAAUUGUCAGAGUUCCGUUGGGUCCUGUACAAAAUCCUGAAAAUGUCGGCACAUUGACACGACGACCUCAACAGACAGAAUACGGAAGUAAAUCUCCACCAAUCAGCUCACCCGACCUAUCAUCUCAACAUCAUACUCUAAGUCCUCAACUAUGUCGAACAAUAUCUGGCGUUGAAGGGUUAGCUAAUUCAGAUCAGUCUGGCAUUCACCUUAAGGCUCGAGUAAGUAGCCAUGAUAAUGCAUACGCAUCUUCUCUUCCUCGACGCGAUAACAAUAACCAGACGACUGAUUUAAACAAUCAACCGGUUCGUGGAGAAAGACGUUCCUCCACAAGGAAGAAAAAACCAAUAUUAUCAGAGCAAAAGCCAUCAAGAAAUGACAAUAGAGAAACUGAUAUUUCAGUACAUAAUGCAUAUUGUGCACUGCCGUCUAAUAAUCCGUUUCAAAACAAUCAACUUCGUAAUGAAGAAAAUCAUCCUGACAGCCAAAAUAUUAUUCUACGUUCUCCAAACAUCAAUCGCAAUGAUUUUAAACAAAUAACUAGAAGUAGAAUUACUUCAGGUCAACAAAGUGGUUCAGGACAAGUUGUACAUGCUACAGCAUCUCUACCAAGAAGGGAGUUAAUCAAUUAUGGAGAUGAUUUAGGCUCCAGACCGAGUGGUAAAUGUUGUGUAAUAAUGUGAUCAAACAAUACUUAAUCAUAACCAUUCUUUCCAUUUUAAAUCUAUUAUACAUUGUCUAUUUUACAAUCACGAACCUUUCCAUAUAUACAUAUGUAAUCCUGUAACAACAAAAAAAUCAGAAUUCGCUAACUCGGUGAUAUAUGUAAACAAAGCGUCUGACCUAUCUCAUAUUAUCAUAAUCUUACUGAAACCAUCAAAAUAUUGUACAUAUCUAUUCAAAUUCCAUUUUUCCUCCUCUUUGUUUUGG